AUGCAAGAAACCUAUUGUCCCUCUGGUAAUCUGAACAUCGCAUAUAGUCUUUGUAAUAUCGGUAAUAUUCUGAAUAAUCAAGAUAAAUAUGAAGAAACUCUUGAUUAUCAUCGACGAUCAUUGAUAAUGUAUCAAAAAUAUUCUUCAUCUCAUCAAGCAGACAUUGCAACAAUCCCUAGCAACAUCAGCGAUGCCCUAUAUAAACAAGGAAAAUACGACGAAGCAUUUGAUUAUCAACAGCGAAAACUAGACAUUCAAGAAAGUCAUCAUCCUUCUAUUCAUAUGAGUAUUAUUGAGAGUUUUAAUAAUAUGGACAACGUUCAAAGUAGUCAAGGAAAGUACGAUGAAACCAUCGACUUUUAUCAACGAUCUCUAGAAAUCUAUCCGAAAUAUUAUUCACCUCGUCAUUCAGAUAUUGCAUAUAAACUCAUGGAUAUUGCCAGAUUAAAUAGAAACAAGAGUUCAUACAUUCUAUAUAUGUUUUCUGAUAGAAGGUGUUUAUUUUACAGGUUUUCUAAUAAAGCAGAAACGGACGAGUACACACCUUCUCCAGUAUAAGUAUCAAAUAUUUUGUGUUGAGUGCAAGUACACAACAAUUUAC